AUUGCCCCAUAAUUUUUCAAUUUUAUCGAUAGCCCUAAUGCUCGAUUCAUUUUUAUUGAAAGGCAGCAGGCGAGCACAACAAUGGAUCCCUCGCACCAGCAACAGCAAUGGAUGCAAGCGCAACACCAUCAGCAAACCUGGGCCGCCGGUCCGACCACAUUUGCCGCCUCCGCUGCAGCCACGGCGACUACCACAGCCACCUCCUCCUACCACCAGCCCACUUCCAUCGAGGAAAUCCGAACCUUAUGGAUUGGCGAUCUACAGUAUUGGGUCGACGAGAGUUAUCUCCACAGUUGCUUCGCCCACACCGGGGAGGUUCUGUCUAUUAAGGUCAUCCGCAACAAGAUAACUGGACUUCCAGAAGGUUAUGGGUUUGUAGAGUUCGUCUCUCAUGCAGCUGCUGAGCGAAUAUUGCAGACAUACAAUGGUUUGCAGAUGCCAGGAACAGAGCAGUCCUUUAGGCUUAAUUGGGCUUCUUUCGGUAUUGGAGAUAAAAGGGGAGAAGGGCCUGACCAUUCCAUUUUUGUUGGUGAUUUAGCUCCAGAUGUCACUGAUUACUUGCUGCAAGAAACGUUCCGUACUCAGUAUCCAUCAGUUAGAGGCGCCAAAGUGGUAACAGAUCCUAAUACUGGUCGUUCAAAAGGUUAUGGUUUUGUUAAAUUUGCUGAUGAGACAGAAAGGAAUCGAGCAAUGACUGAAAUGAAUGGAGUUUAUUGCUCAACCAGGCCAAUGCGCAUAAGUGCAGCCACACCAAAGAAGACUACUGGGAUUCAACCAACAUAUACAACUGUCAAAGCUGCUUAUCCAACGCCGGCUUAUGUUGCACCACAGUUACCCCCAGUUUUGCCAGACAGUGAUAUCACAAAUACAACUAUAUUUGUUGGUGGAUUGGAUCCUAAUGUUGCUGAAGAAGAACUGAGACAGAUAUUUGCACAAUUUGGCGAGCUUGCUUAUGUUAAGAUACCAGCAGGAAAAGGGUGUGGCUUUGUACAAUUUGCUGCAAGGGCUUCUGCUGAAGAAGCUAUUCAGAGGGUGCAUGGCACUAUGAUUGGUCAACAAAUUGUUAGACUCUCGUGGGGUAGAAGCCCAACAAGUAAGCAGGAUGCAUCUGGUGCUUGGCUCCCGCAAGCAGACCCUACACAAUGGGCCAAUGCAUACUAUGGCUAUGGCUACGAUGCUUAUGCUUAUGGGGCAACUCAAGAUCCAUCCGCCUAUGCAUAUGGUGCAUAUGGAGGAUAUGGACAAUACCCUCAACAGGCUGAAAGUGCAUCGGAUAUGGUAUCCAUGACAGUUGCAGUUCCUACCUUGGAACACAGAGAAGAAACUUAUGAUCCUUUAGUCAUUCCCAGUGCUGACAAGUUAAAUUCUGCUUACUUUGCUGUUCAUGGAAAUGUCAUAUUGGGACGGACCUUAUGGUUGAGAAACUCAUCACUAUCUCAACAGACAUAGCUUUGCAUUCUCUUCCCCCACCUUCAAUUCCUUAUCAAACGUUGACCUUUUGUUGGUUGACCUACUUUUGCUCUUUAAAUUUCUUUUCCUAUUUCUUGUUAGAUCUUGACAUUUCUGUGGGCUGAGGGCACAGUACAGAAUUUCUCAAUAACACAAUGUAAAUACUUUUUUUGAUUGGCGGUUUCAUGGAAAUGUGACCUUAUGGUUGAUGAACUCAACCACCAGCUCAACUUUUUCGUAUUACAAAUUGGCAUUUGUCUGGGUUGAGGGUGGUACAUAAUUCUCAGAUUGGUGU